AUGCGCAAGAAGGCCACACCCACCCCGGAGCGCUUUGAUUGGCCCAGUUCCUUCCCGAGCUCCUUAUUGAUCUUGGGCGCUGGAAAGGCGCGCGCCGUGACAGAGUGCGCAGAACAUCUUCCUAAGCUCCAGCCGAGACCAUAUUCAUGUGCAAGCUCAAACCUGACUCACCCAGGGAAGCUUCAUUUCAUUUUUAACAUUGUGGAGUUUGUGUCGAACACCACAAUGGAAGUUCUGCGGAAGGGCGUAUGCACAGGCUGGCUGGCCACGGUGGCCGCGUCCGUUCUUCAUCCGUACCCCCGAGUGUCCCGUGCAGAAGGUGGGAAAGCCCCGGCUCCGGAGAUAUCCAUCUCUCCUCGAACAACCAAUUUUUUCCACUUACCGAGUGACCCCUCAGCCCCCAUCAUAAUGGUGGGUCCGGGAACUGGCAUAGCGCCCUUCAUUGGUUUCCUGCAACACAGAGAGAAACUCCAAGAACAACAUCCAGAUGGACACUUUGGAGCAAUGUGGUUGUUUUUUGGCUGCCGACAUAAGGAUCGGGAUUAUUUAUUCAGAGAGGAGCUCAGACAUUUCCACCAGCGUGGAAUCCUGACUCACUUGAAGGUUUCCUUCUCAAGAGAUGCUCCUGUUGGAGAGGAGGAAGCCCCAGUGAAGUACGUGCAAGACAACAUCCGGCUUCACAGCGAGCAGGUGGCAAGGCUCCUUCUUCAUGAGUGUGGCUGUAUUUACGUCUGUGGAGAUGCUAAGAAUAUGGCCAAAGAUGUCAGUGAUACCCUUGUGGAAAUAAUUAGCAAAGAGGCUGGAGUUGAAAAACUAGAAGCAAUGAAAACAUUGGCUACUUUGAAAGAAGAAAAACGGUAUCUUCAGGAUAUUUGGUCAUAAAAUCAGAAAAUAAAGGAAGAGAAUGAUGCUUUUUUUGGCUCAAAGUAGUAAAAGACCAUUUGGCUGAAACCGCCUUUCCAUUUUUAAAAGUAAAAAUUUCUUUGGAGGAGGUAGAGUGGGAGUGGGUCGCCUUCUCACAACAGCAGCCUUCUGAUCGGGUUUUCCCGCGGCGUCUCCGUGCUCGCCGCGCCGGCUUCAGCUUGGCCUCCUGAGCUGAGGGGCGGCCCUCCUGCCCAGACCCGCACGUCACAGGUGCCGUCUCCAGCUCACAGGGAAGGCGUCUGUCUGUGUGACGAGGCUUCCCAGCAUGGACCUGGGCACGCGCGCCCACCUCGUAGAUGGUUAAAGCCUGUGAACUUACGUUGCCAGUUUUUAAAAUAGGAAAAAUAAUUUAUUUUUAUAUGAAGUCUACCGUAAAGAUUACUCCUAUUAAUGUAUUAAAAUUAACUCUGUAUAGUUACUUGUUUAUCCAGACAGUUCCUGACUUAGGAUUGACAACGAUGUGAAAGCCAUACACGUUCAGUAGAAACGGGACUUCAGGUUUUGAGUGUGGAUCCUCUCCCAGGCUGCCGGCGAGUGAUCACAUCCUCGCUCCUGAUGCUGGGCAGCAGCAGCAGUCUCCAGGGCCAGCAGCCGUCUGUGCCCAACUACCAUUUUGUCACCUUCAGUGCGGUAUUCAGUCCGUUACAUGAGCUCUUCCCUAUUUUGUGACUGUAGGCUCCUGUUUAAGUGCUCUGAGCACGUGUGAGGUAGGGUAGGCCAAGCUGUGGGAUUUGGUGUCUUGAGUGCUUUUUGACCUAACAGUAUUUUCAACUUAUAAUGAAUGUAUCGGGAUGUAACUUCACUAUAAGUUAAGGAAGAUAUGUAUAACUUUAUCAAAUGGUUAUUUAUUACCAAAAGUAUAUUUCUGAUAAAAAUAUAUUAAGGUAAUGCUCAGAUUUUUUUAAAGUGAUUUUAGAAAUGUGAAAUAUAUUUUAAAAUUCUGUUAUAUGAUUUAUUUAUCACAAUUGCUUCUUAAUAUCCCAGUUCUAGAAUUUAGGGAAAUUUGCAUUCAGUUUAUAGGUGCGAGCAAGUAUAUAUUUUAGUAAAACUACAACCACCCCUACUCUUCCUCUGUGUUCUUUUUGGCAUGUUUUUUAGUUUUCGUACAUUAUCUUAACCCCAUGAUAUCAAUCAAAUUGUAUCCUAGGCUUAAAAUGCCUGCCUAAAUUAGUAUCCUUAUAUUUUUAAAAAUUCCUACUGUGUUCUGAAUAUUUAUGUCCCUCCAAAUUCCUGUGUUCCAUUGUUAACCUCCAUUAUGAUGAUGGUAAGAGGUGGGGCCUCUGGGAGGAGCUUAGGUCAAGAGGGUGGAGCCCUCAGGCCUGGGAUCGGUGCCCUGAUGAGAGGCCCCACAGAGCUGGUGGCUCCUUCUGCCCGGUGAGGACACAGCAGUCGCAGUCUGCAGCCAGAAGGGAGCUCUCGCCAGAACCUGACCCCACCCACACCCCACUCUUGGACCCCACUCUCCAGCCUCCAGAGAGAAAUAAAUCCUUUGUUUAUGAGCCA